GUUCCGACAGACGACGGAAUACAAAAAUCCUUAUCGGCACCGGUUCUAGCACGACUUGGAUACCCGCUCGGAGCGAUGUCCGUACUAUCUUUCGUCAAGCUUUCUUACAAUUCUUGCUUCAGUUACUCCUCCCUCUCCUCCUCUCCUGAUUCUUCUUUUCGGCGGAUAUUUACAAUAAUGCCACUCCAUCUCUCAUCCACCCCCUACCUCUGUCCAUCGUCUAUCUCAUUCUCUUCAAGUCUUUCCACCCUCCCAAAGCGGGUAUUUACCAAAAUGCCAUCGCGUUCGAGAUUUCCAAAAAUAUUUGCAUUCUCAAGCAAUGAUAUAAAGGUGGGUUCGAAUAUUGAAGUUGACGGCUCUCCUUGGAGAGUUUUAGAGUUUCUUCAUGUGAAACCUGGAAAAGGGGCGGCAUUUGUGAGGACCAAAAUUCGCAAUUAUAUGACAGGAAACACAGUUGAGAAAACAUUUCGAGCUGGAAGUACGAUAGCCGAAGCUAAUAUAUUCAAGGAAACCAAACAAUACACAUACAAGGACGGUUCUCAGUAUGUCUUCAUGGACCUGUCAACUUAUGAAGAAAGCCGUCUUAACGAGGAAGAUGUGGCUGAUAAGAGAAAAUGGUUGAAAGAGGGCAUGGACUGCACUUUGCUAUUCUGGAAUGGACGGAUUAUCGAUUUUGAGCUUCCCAUCACAGUUAAGCUGGCUGUGGUUGACGUGGAUCCUGGCCUUAAAGGGGACACUGCACAAGGUGGAUCAAAGCCAGCGACUCUCGACACUGGUGCUGUUGUAAAUGUCCCGUUGUUUGUUAACACUGGUGACGAAAUAUUGGUGGAUACAAGAACUGGCCAAUACAUGAGCCGUGCUUGAUUACUCAAAGCUCCUCAUUUCUUUCUUUUCCAA